UUUUUUUGGAUGAUGUAAAACAAUUCAUUGAGAAUGCUAGGUCACAAUCUGUCAACACUGAAUUUGUAAUGGAAAAUAAUAAUUUUCACGGUUAUGCUGUUUGCAAACUUUUGGAUAGAAACAAUGGUGCAAAAAAUACUUGUAGACACAUUGGAAGAUUUUUAUUUACUAAUUGA